CUUCCCACAACUAUUAUCUACUCUUGAUAUCUACAGCCAACAGGCAAGCUACAAAUUAAACUGCUACAUACCUCAAAAGAAGACAAAAAACCUCAUCCUCCCUCCAAAACCAGCCUCAGUAAAUCUUCCUUUAGGAAUCACAAAAGAUGCAUUUGAUUUCCUCAUUCUUGCUCAUUGGAACCCUGAUCACUACCACUUACAUCAAUGCUAUCCUGCUUAAAACCAACUACAAUGGUCAUGAGUACUGGAUCCUCAGCUCUCAACAUAAAUUCACAAAUGAUGAGAUGGAGAAAGUGCCCUUUCACUUUUCUUAUCCUCUCAGACAAGGGCCUGGCUCUCAAAUAGAUGCAAGAAUCAUUCAAAAUUCUUCAGACAGACCAAUUUGGGUUGGAAGUGGUUUACUUCAAUUGGAUGAUUCUAUUGAACCACUUGGAGGGAAGAAUUGGCGGGAAUUCUACUUCAGUCUUGGAACCAAUGCACAAAAUUUUGAAGAGGUUGGAGCCCAGAACAAAAAAUAUAGCCUUGGAUACUUUGUGGUAAUCAGUUUGGAUAAAAAAGUUGACACAGCAUUGUGGAAGUCGGUCAUGAAGAACAGUAUCAAGGACUUGGAAGCUGCUGUUGCAGAGGAGGUCAAGAUCAAGCCAGCAAACAUUUAUUAGUACAUUGAGUGACUAGUCUGCUCAAAAGUGGCGAAGGCUUGGUCUGACUCAUCAUGCUAUCCUCUUUUUCUCACAGCCUAAUUGGUCCCUUUUUCUUAAAUCAUAGAUUUUCAUAAAAUGAGACUCAUGAGAAACUUGACCACUCAUAGACAGCUGCUCAAAAUCAUGACUUUGUUUCCUUCUACUCUUUUUGAAUGUUUAAAAUUGUCUUCCUCGUUUUACAUAUGCGGCUCCUAGCCUUUUGUGCACUUUUUUUUUCCUUCGCAAUUAUGGUACUAUUAUCACUGAUUGCUGCUUGACCGGAUGUAACCCACGUUGACUUAUGGGGAAAACAUCACCCAACAAUCAAUUUCUUCAGUACCAAGUGUGAUUGAGACCUUAGAGCAUCGGAAACAAAAGCAGUUGAAAUAUCUGCACAACAUCAGAUCGAAAUUUAGAUAGGAUUUACCUAUAGAA